CUCUUCAGCGUGCACGAAGCUGAGCGCGCAAUAUGUAAACACGUGGCACUGAUUGCGUUCCACGUUUCUUUUAAGUUUUGGACAGUUUGCGUCUGUUCCACAAGGACAUCAAACAUGUCAGAAGAGGAAGAAACGGCGUUUUCCGAAGACCCCAGGGUGCAGUAUUUAGGCGAGAUACUCUGCCGCAUGCUCAAACUCAAAACUGAUGCGUGGGAAAAAUUUGUCAAUGUUGAAAAAAAUAAAAUGCUUUUUACAACGUUUUUCGAAGCGCGUAUUAGACUGUUAUUUUUCAGCGUGACAGCGUCCAGUGCUCCAACUGUUUCUCCAGAGGUUUGUAAUCUCUCUAAAGACAAGAAAGUUUACAUUCUCAGAAAAGGAAAUUCCCCCAUCCUGCCAGAAACCUGUAGGAGUUCUUUACUCUUUGGGGUGCUGUCACCCUCCUUUCUGCCACAGCUGUUAGACACCAUGGAGAAGGUCUGUCUGCCGCUUCUGUUGAACAAGAAGAAUCACCAAAUGUGGCCGAAUAUAAUAUCACAGGAUGUGACGCAACACAUAGAGAAUUUGCAAAGCAAGGUCACCGUGGUGAGGGGACAGUAUAAUGGCAAAACCGUCCUUCCUGUUCCUGCCAUCAGAGAAUGGAUAGAGCUGUGUCAAGAGACAACGAUCACACUGCAAGACAGUCGCAACAGAGCCAUGAUACAUGCAAUUGAGUCCAUGGUCAUCAGCUGGAUGCACAUGAUCCAUAAAGUCUUAAGAGCAGAUUCUGCUGACUUGAUUGUGACAGGAUUGAACCCUGGACCAAAAGCUGAACUUGACUACUGGAGAUCCAGGAAAACGAACAUGCAGAGUAUUCAUGAACAGCUACAGAAUCCUUGUGUUCAGAAAAUGAUGAGGAUUCUGGAAAUUAUAGACAGCAGUUAUUUCCCAUCAUUCAAAGCUCUGACAGAGGCUGUUUUUGAUGCUUUGCAGGAAGCCAGAGCUAUAGAUCUUCACCUUCAACCUCUUAGAUCAUUGCUGUCUCAACUGGAGGAGGAUGAGUUCUCAUCCUUCCAUACACUCAUUCCACCAGUCUUUCAUCUUAUAUUUCUGGUCUGGACUCACUGUUCAUUCUAUCGUUCACCUGCUCGCAUCGUUGCUCUGCUGCAGGAGCUCUGCAACCUUUUCAUUCGGCAGGCCACUUCAUAUCUCCGUGCAGAGCAGCUGCUGAGAGCAGAGACUGAAGAUGGUUUGGAGAAGUUACAGACUGUGGUGGGAGUUUUCAGGUGUGUCAGGGAAACGGUCAAGACAUACAGACAGAAGGUGGCUGCGUUGGCCAGUCAUUAUUGUACACCAAAGUGCUGGGAUUUCCCUUCAGCUCUUGUUUUUACUCGAUUUGAUGGCUUCUUGGCUCGUGUUUUACAGUUGAAGGCCCUUUUCUCCACUAUGCUGGAGUUCCAAAGGUUGGAGAAGCUGGUUUUUGGAGGUCUCAGAGGAAGGGUUUACACUGAGCAGGUCUCUCGAAUAUAUGCAGAGUUUCUUCAGCUUUGCAAAGCCAUAAAGGAUCAAGAAUACAAUCCACUCGAUUUGACUUCUCUGGAUUUCGAAAAAGACUUUUCAAGUUUCCAAGAAAGAGUUGCAGACUUUGAUCGACAGCUGUCCAGUAUUUUGUGCCUUGCCUUUCAAGAUUGUUCAGGAUUGGAAUCAGUUUUCAAACUGGUUGCUGUGCUCAAACCCCUUUUGGAAAGAGACAUCAUAAAGGAAAUGUUUAUUCCUAAUUUCUCCAAAGUGAUUCAGCUUUUUGCAGAUGAGCUGGACAGAUGCAAACACCUGUUUGAUUCUCAUCUUGAGCAGAAAAAGAGGAACAAACUGCAUUUGAGCAAGAACAUGCCUGCUAUGACAGGUUGUCUGAAGUGGGCAAAAAUGCUUAGAGACAGAAUUCAAAUCCCUUGGAACAACUUUCAGUUUGUUCUGGAUAUGAGUAUCGAAGGAGCGGAAAUGGAACUGGUCUAUCUUAAGUACCUGGAGAUGUCCUCUCAUUUAGAUGAGUAUGAGAAUCAGGUCUAUUUGAGCUGGUGUGGCAAUAUUAACCAGGUCUGCCAGAUGAACCUGGAUCAGCCCCUAAUCAAAAGAGAUCCCAGCACUGACCUGCUGUCAGUAAACGUCAAUCAAGAGUUGAUUGCUGUGCUCAAGGACGUGAAACACCUGGAAAUCCUUAAUCAGACGAACAUCCCUUCUGCUGCUAUGAAGGUGUAUGAAAAUAGAAAGAUGUUCUUUAAGAACCUUGGGAGCCUACAUUUACUGGUGCAGUGGUAUAACAAGGUGAAACAGACAACUCUUGAAGUGGAGUCUCCUCUUAUGAAAGAGGAGAUGGAGACUGUUGACCAGCAAAUCCAUCGAGCAGAAACUGAGCUUACAUGGCAAGACCAGAACUGCUGGAACUACAUCUGCACACUGAAGGACACUGUCUACCGGCUGGAGAGAAGACUACAAACAACUAAAGACAAUAUUGAGAUGAUGGAAGUUCUGAUGAAUGGAUGGAGCAAACAGCCAAUGUUCUGCAGAAAAGACCAUAAGAAAGAAUCGUCACUACAACUGGAUGAUAAAGCAGGAAGAAUGGCAAAAUGCUACAGCAAUCUCAGGAAAGAUGGAGAAACUAUCCAUAACUUGUUACAGGAGAACGUGAUCCUUUUUGCAGCGGAUAGUUCUUCAGAUGCAUGGAAGGCCUACUUGGAGUAUGUAGAUGACAUGGUGGUGGAGGGGUUUUUCAGUGCUGUCUCAACUUCUCUGGAGUUUUUCAUUGAGAAUAUGGAGGGGUCAGUGAGGCAGGCUCCCUUGUUUGAGGCUCAAAUGCUACUGAUGGGAUCCGAGAUUAAGUUUAAACCGUCUCUGGAUCGAGAUGGUGGCGAUGGACUUUAUGAAUUGGUGGAAGAAUUACUAGGAGUUGUGUUCAAGAUGUCUGCUCAGGUGAAGAGGGUGGCACCUCACCUAAGCGUGAAGGACUACCAGGCUGACAUCGAGGACAUGUUAGACCUAAUAGAUCUCCGACAUGAAGUGAUGGAGAAAGUUGAUGAAGUCAUGAAGAAAGCCUUGCAAUACCAGGACACACUUAUCCGCUACAGUCCCCUGUGGCUUGAUGACAGGGUUGAAUUUCUCAGGCAGUUCCUCCUCUAUGGUCAUGCACUGACAGCUGAAGAGGUGGAAGCCUAUGGAGAAGAUGCAUUUCCAGAAAAUCCUCCCACCACAACACAAUUCAAGGAACAGAUGACUCAUUAUGAAGAAGUGUAUGCAGAGGUCAGCCGUUUGGAGGACUGGCAGGUGCUUGACGGUUGGUUUAGAGUGGAUAUCCGUUCGUUCAAGAUGAGUCUUUUAAACAUAAUCAAAAAAUGGAGCUGGAUGUUUAAAGAGCACCUGAUGUCUUAUGUUACCGGCAGUAUUGGUGAACUCGAGGAUUUCAUGCUCCGGGCGGAAUCCAGGCUUAAAGAGCCGUUGUGCGGUGGAGACUACCAGGCUCUUGUGCAGGUGAUGGGUUACCUGCUGGAGAUCAGAGACAGGCAGACUAGUACAGACCAGCUUUUUGAGCCUGUCAUUGAUGUGGUCAAUCUUCUGGAGCAGUAUGGAGAAACCCUACCUGAGUGUGUUCACAUGCAGCUUGAGGAGUUGCCAGAGAAGUGGAACAACAUGAAGAAGUUGGCCUGGACAUUGAAACAUGAGGUUGCUCCUCUUCAUACUGCAGAGGUGGCUGUUAUCCGCAGGAAGUGUGUGGCCUUUGAGAAAAAGCUGAGUCAGUUUCGAGAAAGGUUUAAAAGAGAAGCUCCUCUCCAGUACAACACAGAGAAACCAUAUGCUCGCCUGGAUAAAUGUCACAGGGAGAUGCUAGGUUUAGAGGAAGAAAACGCAGAUCUCCAGGAGUCCUGUAAGCUGUUUGAAGUGAGCAGCCCUGAUACUAAGCAGCUCAGGCUCUGUCAGAGAGACAUUGCUGUUUUGAAACAGCUCUGGGAUCUGCUGCUUUGCGCUCAGUGCAGUAUAGCAGAAUGGACAGGAACAAUAUGGAGAGAGAUCAAUGUAGAACAAAUGGAGACAGAGCUGAGGAGGUUUACAAAAGAAAUGUGGGUUCUUGAUAAAGAGGCCCGUGUUUGGGACGUGUAUGUGAGUCUGGACUGUGUGCUCAGGGAUCUGUUGGCUUCUCUGAGGGCUGUGACAGAGCUGCUGAACCCGGCCAUGAGAGACAGACACUGGGCCCAGCUGGUCAGGACUACUCGGGUUGAUUUCACUCUAACUGAAGAAACAUUUCUUGAGGAUUUACUGGCUUUGCAGCUGCACAGAUAUGAAGAUGUGGUGCACAGUACAGUUGGGAGAGCAGUCAAAGAGAUGUCCACUGAGAAGGUUUUGACUGAAAUCAGCCAGAUGUGGACACGGAUGGAGUUUUCCUAUGAAGAGCAUUACCGUACCGCUGCACCAAUGCUGAAAUGCAGUGAUGAACUUAUUGAGAGUCUGGAGGACAGUCAGGUGCAACUGCAGGUGUUGCUGCACAGUAAGCAGGCGGCGUUCUUCCAUCGGCAGGUGUUGGAGCUACAGGCCCAGCUGACUCGGGCUGACUCAGUGCUGUUGCUGUGGCUGGAGGUGCAGAGGACCUGGGCUCACCUGGAGAGCAUCUUCAUGGGCUCCGAAGACAUUCUCCACCAACUGCCAGACGAGGCACAUCAGUUCAGCUCCAUUGAUUCUGACUUUAAGGACCUUAUGUUCAAAAGUGGCAAAACAAAAAAUGUAAUUGCUGCCACCAACAAGCCCAAUCUUCUUCCGAUGCUUGAAGAUCUGCAAAGGAGACUGGCUGUAUGUGAGAAGGCACUAGCCAAAUACCUGGAGACCAAGAGAAUGGCUUUCCCACGAUUCUAUUUCCUCUCUUCAGCAGACUUACUGGACAUCCUUUCUAAAGGCAGACAGCCCAGACAGGUUACCCGUCACCUGGGUAAGCUGUUUGACAGUAUGACUGAUCUGGAGUUUUCUGACAAGGAGGGGGAAAAGGCCACAGCAGCGGUGGGAAUGUUCAGCAGAGACGGAGAAUAUGUUCCAUUCUAUUCACCGUGUGACUGCGUUGGGCCGGUUGAGCUCUGGUUGAAGUGUCUGGAGGAUGUGAUGAGGGAGGGAAUGAGGAGGCACAUAGCCGAGGCCGUUGUCGUAUAUGAGGAACGUUCGCGGGAACAUUGGGUCUUGGAGCUGCCGGCUCAGGUGGUUCUCACCGCCUCUCAGAUCUGGUGGUCCGCUGACAUGAAUCUUGCAUUUGAGCGGCUGGCCGAGGGUUUUGAGACGGCACUCAGAGACUACAACAAGAAACAGAUUGCCCAGCUAAACUCCUUGAUAAACAUGUUAUUGGGGGAACUGAACCCGGGUGACAGGCAGAAGAUCAUGACCCUGUGCACCAUAGAUGUUCACGCCAGAGAUGUGGUCUCCAAACUCAUCGCUCAGAAGGUGAGCAGUGCUCAGGCGUUUGCCUGGGUUUCUCAGCUCCGCCACAGCUGGGAUGAGGAGCAAAACCACUGCUUCAUCAACAUAUGUGAUGCUCAAUUUCGAUAUUCCUAUGAAUAUCUGGGCAACACGCCUCGUCUGGUCAUUACACCUCUUACAGACAGAUGCUAUAUAACACUGACUCAGUCACUGCACUUGACGAUGAGCGGUGCUCCAGCGGGACCGGCUGGCACAGGAAAGACUGAAACCACUAAAGACCUGGGCAGAGCUCUGGGGGUCAUGGUGUACGUCUUCAACUGCUCUGAGCAGAUGGACUAUAAGUCCAUAGGGAACAUCUUUAAAGGUCUGGCACAAACUGGAGCUUGGGGCUGCUUUGAUGAGUUUAACCGAAUCACUGUGGAAGUGCUGUCAGUGCUGGCAGUACAGGUGAAGACCAUACAGGAUGCCAUUCGCAACAAGAGGAAGAGGUUUCUGUUCCUAGAGGAAGAGAUUAGCUUGAAACCCUCUGUUGGGAUCUUCAUCACAAUGAACCCUGUAUAUGCUGGACAAACUGAGCUGCCGGAGAACCUCAAAGCACUUUUCAGGCCGUGUGCAAUGGUGGUUCCUGACGUGGAGCUGAUCUGUGAGAUCAUGUUGAUGUCUGAGGGAUUUCAGAGCGCUCGGGUUCUGGGCAACAAGUUCAUCACCCUCUACAGGCUCUGUAAGGAGCUGCUCUCUAAACAGGAUCACUAUGACUGGGGACUGCGUGCUGUCAAACCUGUCCUGGUGGUUGCUGGAGCUCUCAAAAGAGCAGAUCGAACAAGGCCAGAAGAUCAAGUGUUGAUGCAGGCUUUGAGAGAUUUCAACAUGCCAAAGAUCGUUUCGGAAGACGUUCCAGUGUUCCUGGGUCUGAUUAGAGAUUUGUUCCCUGGUUUGGAGGUGGAAAGGCGGACUGAUGCAGAGUUUGAGCUGAUAGUCCGUCAGACGAGUCUAGAGUUAAAGCUUCAACCUGAGGACACGUUCGUUCUGAAAGUUGUUCAGCUUGAUGAGCUUCUAUCUGUUCAUCACUCAGUGUUUGUGGUUGGUGAUGCUGGGACUGGAAAAAGCCAGCUCCAUGAUUCUCGGGCUGAGUUCAGUCAGUGGUGGAUCAAAGAGAUGAAGAGUGUGAAGUUUCCUGUACAGGGUUCUGUGUUUGACUACUAUUUAGAUCCUCAUUCCAGACGCUUCCUGCCAUGGACCGACAGGAUGCUCAUGUUUGAGAUGGACCCUGAUACACCUGUACAGUCUGUGUUAGUCCCAACAGUUGAGACGGUCAGACUGCAGUAUUUCAUGCGCAUGUUAUUGGAGACAUCUCAGCCUCUUAUGCUGAUUGGUGGAGCAGGCACUGGGAAAUCUGCUCUGGUCAGGAACCUUCUGGAAACACUACCGGAGAACCUUAUAACCGCGAAAGUUCCCCUUCACUUUCAUAUCACUGCAUCCAUGCUGCAAAAGGCAAUGGAGAAACCUCUCGAAAGGAAGGCUGGCAGGAGUUACGCACCCCCGAGAAACAAGAGACUCAUCUAUUUCAUCGAUGACAUGAACAUGACAGCUGUGGACAGUUACGGGACCUCUCAGCCACACGCUCUCAUUCGCCAGCAUCUGGAUUACAAGCACUGGUAUGACAGUCACAAUUUAACAAUGAAAGACGUACACAACACCCAUUAUCUCUCUUGUAUGAAUCCAACAUCGGGGAGUUUUACAAUUAACCCCAGACUGCAGAGGCAUUUCACAGUGUUAGCGUUCAGCACACCCAGCUGUGAGACCCUCAGCUCCAUCUUUGGCUCUAUCCUGAGCUUCCACCUGCAGAGGUUGCGGUUCAGCCCAGCUGUGGUGAGGAGUGCUCCAGCUGUGGUGAAAGCGGCUGUAGCCCUCCAUAACAGGGUGCUCCAGCACUUCCUCCCCACCUCUAUAAAGUUUUACUAUUUCUUCAACCUGUGGGAUCUCUCUCGACUGUUCCAGGGUCUCCAGUUCUCCAGGCCAGAGUGUGUUAGACAGGGUGCAGAUCUGGUUCGACUUUGGAUCCAUGAAUCCAGAAGAGUAUAUUCAGAUCGCUUUUCUGAAGCAUCUGACAUUCAGCUUUUCCAUAGGCUGCAGGCGGACAUCGCACGACAGGCCUUGGAGGAAAUAGAGGAAGAGGCAGUGUUGCAGGAGCCACUAAUAUACCUGCACAGCAGUGUGGGCUCUGCAGAACCUUCCUACACGCCCGUAGCUGGAUGGGAGCAGCUCAGCUGUAUCCUCAGUGAGGCUUUGGACAGCUACAACGAGCUCCACUCUGCCAUGAACCUGGUGCUGUUCCAGGAAGCCAUGCAGCAUGUGUGUCGGAUCAGUCGCAUCCUGGCAUGUCCUAGAGGCCAUGCCCUCCUCGUAGGUGUGGGGGGCAGUGGCAAACAAAGCCUGACCCGCCUUGCCGCCCACCUCUCCAACAUGGAUGUGUUCCAGCCCACCCUCAGCAAGGGCUACAACAUACAGGACCUAAAGGUGGAUUUGGCUGGACUGUACAUGAAGACGGGGGUGAAAAACAUACCCACAAUCCUGCUCCUCACAGACGCUCAGAUCCCAGAGGACCGUUUUCUCGUCAUCAUCAGCACCCUGAUAUCGUCAGGUGAGAUCCCUGAUCUGUUGAGUGAAGAGGAGGUGGAUGGUGUUAGAAAAGCUGUGAGGAGUGAGGUGCGGGAACUGGGUCUGCUAGACAACAGCGAGAACUGCUGGAGCUUUUUUAUGAAUCGAGUGCGACAACAACUCAAGGUCGUGCUCUGCAUGUCUCCAGUAGGUAAUAGCUUGCGUCUACGUGCCCGACGUUUCCCGGCUCUGUUGAACUGCACCACUCUGGACUGGUUCCGGGAAUGGCCCCUGGAGGCCCUCCAGUCUGUCAGCUUGAAGUUCCUGCAGGACAUCCCAAGUAUUCAGCCGGCCGUUCGGGAAUCCAUCAGUCUUUUCAUGGCCCACGCUCAUGCGAGUGUCAAGCGGGUUAGCGAGCGUUACUGCCUCAAUGAGAGGAGGCACAACUACAGCACGCCCAAGAGCUUCCUGGAGCAGCUGAGGCUUUACGAGAGUCUGCUGGGAAAGAGAGAGAGGGAACUGCAUCUGAGACACGGCAGGCUUCAGUGUGGCCUUCAGAAACUCAAGACGACGGCCUCUCAGGUUGAUGAUCUGACAGUCAAGCUGAACUCACAGGAAGUGGAACUGACACUGAAGAACCAGGCAACUGAGGCUCUCAUGGCCAGGAUCGGCCUGCAGACAGAAAGAUUGAGCCAGAAGAGAAAGGAUGCUGACCUAGAGGAGCAAAAGGUGGCUGCCAUGCAAGCAGAGGUGUCACGAAGACUGAGAGAAUGUGAACGUGAUCUGGCUAAAGCUGAACCUGCUUUAGAGGCGGCUACAACUGCUCUGCAAACUCUCAACAAGGUAAAUCUGACAGAGUUAAAGACGUUCCCGAAUCCCCCCGAGGCUGUGAUUAACGUCACCGCGGCUGUGAUGGUGCUGCUGGCUCCAUGUGGGCGAAUUCCAAGAGACCGCGGGUGGAAGGCCGCCAGAGUCUUCAUGGGAAAGGUGGAUGACUUUCUGCAGGCCCUGCUUACUUAUGAUAAAGAGCACAUCCCUGAGUCCAGUCUGAGUGUGCUGAAGCAGGAAUACCUGAGAAACCCAGAGUUCCAUCCCGAUCACGUCCGGACCAAGUCCUACGCAGCUGCUGGCCUCUGUGCGUGGGCCAUCAACAUAGUGCGCUACUAUGAGGUUUAUUGUGAGGUUGCACCAAAGCGUCUGGCUCUGGCACAAGCCAAUACUGAACUGGAAACUGCUACUGCAAAACUACUCAGUGUUAGAAAGAAACUGGAAGAUCUGGACAGGCACCUGCAAAGCCUAACAGCUCAGUUUGAGAGGGCGGCGGCUGAGAAACUGCACUGCCAGGAGGAAGUGACACGCACCAGCCAGACCAUUGAGCUGGCCAAUCGGCUGGUGGGAGGCCUGCAGGCAGAAAACGUGCGUUGGUCGGAGGGACAGCUGGAGCUGGAGUCUCAGCUGAAGACUGUGUGUGGUGAUGUGCUUGUGGCUGCUGCUUUAGUCUCUUACGCUGGAUACUUCACACAGCCGUAUCGUCACCAACUCCUUCACGACAUACUCAUUCCUUUCCUCCGAGAACUCCAAACCCCUAUCCCGCUGACAGACGGUCUGGACCCUGUACUUACGCUGACUGACCAGGCCACCGUGGCAGGCUGGCAGAACCAGGGCCUGCCAGCUGAUCGGCUGUCCGUUGAAAAUGCAGCCAUCCUGAUGGCCAGCCAGCGCUGGCCUCUGAUCGUGGAUCCUCAGCAGCAGGCCACCAAGUGGAUCCGAAAUCUGUACGGGCCCAACCUGAGGGUGCUGCAGUAUGGCCAGAAAGGGUAUCUGGAUGUUAUUGAGCAGGCUUUGGCUGCUGGUGAGGUGGUCCUGAUUGAAAACAUGAAGGAGAGAGUGGACCCUCUUCUGGAGCCACUGCUAGGAAGGCAAACCUUAAAGAAAGGAAGGUACAUCAGACUGGGUGAUAAGGAGUGUGAGUAUAACAGCGGUUUCCAUCUCUUGCUACACACUAAGCAAGCCAACCCUCACUUCCCCCCGGAGCUGCAGGCCCAGACCACACUUAUAAACUUCACAGUGACCCGCGCUGGCCUGGAGGAGCAGCUACUAGGCGAGGUGGUCACGCAUGAAAGGCCUGAGCUGGAGACGAUGAAGUUGGAAUUAAGCACCCAGCAGAACUUGUGUCAGAUUGAGCUGAAGAGACUAGAGGAUGAGCUGCUGAGCAAACUGUCAGCAGCAGAGGGAAAUUUCCUGCGAGAUACAGCCUUAGUGGAACAGCUAGAAUAUACUAAGAAUACAGCCAGACACAUCCAUAACAAGGCUGUUGCAGCUCGAGAGAAUGAGAUAAAGACCAAUGAUGCGCGAGAUCUUUACCGGCCAGCGGCUGAGAGAGCUGCCCUACUAUACUUCACUAUUAAAGAGCUCCACAACAUUAACCCCAUGUACCAAUACUCCCUCAAGGCCUUCAACAAAGUGUUCCUCAAAGCCAUUGCGAGAGCUCCUGGUGAUGAAGACGUAUCAGUGCGUGUUUUAUCUCUCACUGAGGCCAUCACCCACUCGGCCCUUCAGUACACCUGCCAGGGGCUCUUCCAGAGGGACCGACUCACCUUCCUCACCCACACCGCCCUCCAGAUUCUUCUGACAAGGGGCUUCAUUGAGGCUCAGGACCUGGAACUUCUGCUGCGAUUUCCGGUAGAGGUUUGUCAGAGCAGUCCCGUCUGCUUCCUGUCUCCACAGGCCUGGGGUGCCAUUAGGAGCUUGUCCAUGCUGGAUGCAUUCACGGGUCUGGACAGGGAUGUGGAAGGUUCUGGCAAACGCUGGAGGAAGCUGGUGGAGUCAGAGUGUCCAGAAAGAGAACGUCUCCCUCAGGACUGGAAGAAUAAGAGUCCCCUCCAGAGACUCAUCAUUCUCAGAGCCUUUCGGCCUGACAGGAUGACCUACGCUCUCCGAAAUUUUAUUGAGGACAGUUUGGGCUCCAAGUAUGUAGAUGUCAGUCGAAUGGAGCUUGAAAAGUGUUUUGAGGAGUGCAAUCCCUCUACACCGGUGUUCUUCAUCCUUUCUCCUGGAGUCAACCCCAUCAAGGAUGUAGAAACACUUGGGCUGAAGCUUGGAUUUACCACAGACCAGGGGAACCUCCAUAAUGUAUCCUUGGGUCAAGGACAAGAGAUUGUGGCUGAGAGAGCAUUGGAGACCGCAGCCAAAAAAGGACAUUGGGUCAUACUGCAGAAUGUUCACCUGCUGGAGCGGUGGUUGGGUCGUCUGGAGGAGCUGUUGGAGAACACAGGCAGCGAUGCUCACUCAAACUACAGAGUGUUUAUGAGUGGAGAACCGUCCUCCAGCUCCCAUGAGCACCUCAUCCCUCGCACCAUCCUGGAGAAUGCCCUCAAACUCACUACUGAACCACCCACCGGCAUGAACUCCAGCCUACAUGCAGCUCUGGACAACUUCACCCAGGACACUCUGGAAAUGUGUUCUCGAGAGCAGGAGUUUAAAGGACUUGUGUUCUCACUGUGUUACUUCCACGCCUGUGUGACUGAGAGGAGGAAGUUUGGGCCUCAGGGUUGGAACCACAGAUACCCAUUUAACAAUGGAGAUCUGACCAUCUCUGCCAGUGUUCUGUACAACUACCUGGAGGCCAAUACUAAAGUACCGUGGGAGGAUCUGUGUUAUCUGUUCGGAGAGAUCAUAUACGGAGGUCACAUCACUGAUGAGUGGGACAGGAAGCUCUGCCGUACAUACCUCCAGGAGUUCAUCAAUCCCAAGAUGUUUGAAGGAGAGCUGUUCCUGUGUCCUGGGUUUCCAGCUCCUCCUGAUCUGGAGCACACUGGGUAUCACAGCUACGUGGAUGAGAGAUUGCCCUCGGAAAGCCCUGGUCUCUACAGCAUGCACCCUAAUGCUGAGAUUGAGUUUAUGACGGCCACUUCUGAUGCCCUCUUCAAAACUUUACUGGAACUCCAGCCCAGAGACUCAUCAACAGGAGAAGGAGCAUCACAGUGCACAGAGGAGAAGGUGAAGAGUGUUCUGGAUGACAUGCUGGAGAAGUUACCGGAGGAGUAUAAUCUGGCAGAGCUCAUGUCUAAAACAGCCGAGAGGAGCCCCUACAUCCUGGUGUGCCUGCAGGAGUGUGAGCGAAUGAAUCUGCUGCUGGCAGAGAUACACAGAUCAUUAACAGAGCUGGACCUGGGACUGAAGGGUGAACUGAGUCUCUCCUCAGACAUGGAGCAGCUCCAAACCGCUCUGUUCUAUGACAGCGUUCCAGAGAGCUGGAGCAGGUUGGCCUACCCUUCAACCAAAACACUGGCUCUGUGGUUCAGUGACGUUCUGGCUCAGUGUCGAGAGCUGGACACAUGGACUCAAGACUUUGUGUUUCCUGCUGUGGUUUGGAUCUCUGGACUCUUUAGUCCUCAAUCAUUUCUUACAGCAAUUCUGCAGAGUAUUGCUCGAAAAAACAAGUGGCCUUUAGAUCGGAUGAGCCUGUCUGUGGACGUCACCAAGAAAACCAAGGAUGAUUAUGGCCAUCCUCCUCGAGAGGGAGCGUACAUUCAUGGACUCUUCAUUGAGGGUGCUCGCUGGGAUAGCUCCUCGGGUCUGCUAUCAGAGGCUGUUCUGAAGGAGUUGACUCCAGCUAUGCCAGUGCUGUACAUACGCGCGAUACCCAUCGACCAGCAGGAUGUGAGGAACACCUACGAGUGCCCAGUGUACCGCACCAAACUCCGCGGCUCCACCUACAUCUGGAGCUUCCGUCUCAAAACACGCCAACCGCCUGCAAAGUGGGUUCUGGCAGGAGCAGCACUGCUUCUGUCAGUGUAAACAACCAACCAACUCCAUUCUGCUCACAGAGGUUGACUUCUACAAGUUAUAUGCUGAUGGAAUCAUCAUUUUUUUUGGUUUCGUAUUAAAUGCAAAUAAGAUGUUAUGUUGUCUGAUGCAGGGCUGCACGAUUGAUCAGAAAUAAAACCAAAAUCAUAAUAUGACUUAUCAAAUCGCAAAUGCUGCAAUUGAAUUAAAUAUAGAUAUACGCGGAGUUUCAGGUGAAGCACAUCUUUUACACACAAACCUGUCAUGAUCCAUGUUUUUAGUGCCUCAGAGUGGCUCAGUUCACAGUAAAUGAUUUCAUCUCUACAUCUGCUGUGCAUUAUGUCGUUCAUGUAUUUGGAAACGCAACAUUCGCCAGCCAUCUUCCCAAAAUUGUAAUGAAUGAUUAUAGACCAGCUGUUGUCAUCAUAAAUAAAUUAAUUUGCAGUACUGCAAUAAAAUGCUGU